AGGGAAGUCCUAAGUAAAACUCAAACCCGCUUUGAAGUGCGGAUCCCAGGGCUUGCACUGGUGAGCACAGGCAGCAUGACAUCUGCAGGGCUUGUUGUCACCUUGCUCCUAUGGGGAUACUUACUGGCGCUCUGGAUAGGAGCUCAUACAGCUGAUACCACCCAACCCCGGUUACGCCUGUCACAUAAAGAGCUCUUGGAUAUAAACAGAAUAUCAAUCUUUAGCCAACCUUCUGGAUUUCUUAAUCUCCGUACAAUGUUACUGGAUGAAUAUCAAGAGCGACUCUUUCUGGGAGGCAGAAACCUUAUAUAUUCUCUCAGCUUGGAAAGAAUUGCUGAUGGCUACAAAGAGAUACACUGGCCAAGUACGUCACAGAAAAUAGAAGAAUGCGUAAUGAAGGGGAAAGACGUAGAAGAAUGUGCAAAUUAUGUUCGGGCUUUGCAUCACUAUAACAGAACACAUCUUCUUACCUGUGGUACAGGAGCAUUUGACCCACACUGUGCCUUUAUCAGGGUUGGAUAUCAUUUGCAGGAGCCGCUGUUUCAUCUGGAAUCAGACCAAUCUGAGAGAGGAAGAGGGAAAUGUCCUUUUGACCCCAGUUCCUCCUUCAUCUCCACUUUAAUUGGUAAUGAAUUGUUCACUGGACUCUACAGUGACUACUGGGGCAGAGAUGCUGCUAUCUUCCGGAGCCUGGGCCGGCUGACCCACAUUCGUACAGAACAUGACGAUGAGCGUCUACUAAAAGAACCCAAAUUUGUAGGUUCAUAUAUGAUUCCUGACAAUGAAGACCGAGAUGACAACAAAGUGUACUUCUUUUUCACUGAGAAAGCCUUGGAAGCAGAAAACAAUGCCCACACAAUUUAUACCAGGGUGGGCCGCCUUUGUGUGAAUGAUAUGGGAGGGCAAAGAAUACUAGUAAACAAAUGCAGCACUUUCCUAAAAGCAAGGCUGGUUUGUUCAGUGCCAGGAAUGAAUGGAAUUGAUACAUAUUUUGAUGAAUUAGAGGAUGUUUUUUUGCUACCUACCAGAGAUCCUAAGAAUCCAGUUAUAUUUGGACUUUUUAAUACUACCAGUAAUAUAUUUAGAGGGCAUGCCAUUUGUGUCUAUCAUAUGUCCAGUGUCCGGGCUGCUUUUAAUGGACCAUAUGCCCAUAAGGAAGGACCUGAAUACCAUUGGUCAGUCUAUGAAGGGAAAGUCCCUUACCCCAGGCCUGGCUCUUGUGCCAGCAAAGUGAAUGGAGGGUGGUAUGGAACCACAAAAGACUACCCGGAUGAUGCCAUCCGAUUCGCGAGAAACCAUCCACUUAUGUACCAGUCCAUAAAACCUACUCUUAAAAAACCCAUAUUGGUCAAAACAGAUGGAAAAUAUAACCUAAAACAAAUAGCAGUGGAUCGUGUGGAAGCUGAGGAUGGCCAAUACGAUGUCUUAUUUAUUGGGACAGACAAUGGGAUUGUGCUAAAAGUCAUCACAAUUUACAACCAAGAAACAGAAUCAAUGGAAGAAGUAAUUUUAGAAGAACUUCAGAUAUUCAAGGAUCCAGUGCCCAUUAUCUCUAUGGAGAUUUCUUCAAAAAGACAACAACUAUAUGUUGGAUCUGAUGAUGCCGUGGCUCAAGUCAAAUUCCAUCACUGUGACAUGUACGGAAGUGCUUGUGCUGACUGCUGCCUGGCUCGAGAUCCUUACUGUGCCUGGGAUGGCAUAUCCUGUUCCCGUUACUACCCAACGGGCGCACAUGCAAAAAGGCGGUUCCGCAGACAAGACGUUCGGCAUGGGAAUGCAGCCCAGCAGUGCUUUGGACAGCAGUUUGUUGGAGAUGCUUUGGAUAAGACUGAAGAGCGUCUGGCCUAUGGCAUAGAAAACAACAGCACGUUGUUGGAAUGUACUCCACGAUCUUUACACGCCAAAGUCGUCUGGUUUGUCCAGAGAGGACGUGAAAAAAAGAAAGAGGAGGUGAAAACAAAUGACAGAGUGGUGAAGAUGGACCUCGGGUUGCUCUUUUUAAGAGUCCGCAACUCAGAUGCUGGGACCUACUUCUGUCAAACAGUUGAGCAGAGUUUUGUCCACGUUGUCCGUAAAAUCACCUUGGAAGUCGUGGGGGAGGACAGAGUGGAUCAAAUGUUCAACAAGAACUUUCAGGAGGAUGGGCCUCACAAGAUGCUUUGUCCUGCGCCCAGCAGCAGCCCACAAGGAGUCAAACCGUGGUACAAGGAAUUCUUACAGUUGGUUGGUUACAACAACUUCCAGAGAGUGGAGGAGUACUGUGAAAAGGUGUGGUGCACAGAAAAGAAGAGGAAAAAGCUGAAAAUGUCACCCUCCAAGUGGAAUUACGCCAACCCACACGAUAAGAAGCCACGUCCCAGGUCUGAGCGCUAUCGCCCGCCCAGACACACGCCUGAGUCCUGA